CUCUUCUUUUCGUUCACAUACACUUUAUCCAUUGCCAUGGCUUCCACGUCUCGGACGCGGACCGGAAGGGGAAGGGGAAGGGGAAGGGGAAGUGGAUCAUCAUCAUUGCCACCACCACCGUCAACACUGCCAUUGAUCAUAGAGGAGUUCUUCAUCGUCGUCUAUGAAGACCCUUUGGUCAAGAAGGAACUCCCAAAAAAAUUUGCGGACUAUCUUGACGGCAAGGAGCCAGCUAAGGUGUAUCUGCGAGCAGCUGACUGCGGUCCUCGUCUCUGGACCGUGGAGGUCCUAUUUGACGGACAAGGCCGGAUGUACCUCGACAAGGGCUGGGAGAAAUUCGCCAUCGCGCACGGUGUGGAUUUCGGCUGGUUCGUACACUUCAAAUAUGAAGGCGAUGAUGUGCUCACAGUGAAGGUGUUCGACGGAACAAUGUGCAGGAGGUACUACUACUCAGACGACGAAGAUACUGACGAUGAAAGCGACGACGACGUGAAGCCAUGCAUCCAUCCCCUUUAGAUAAUUAAGGGGAUUAUGACCAAGAAUAUAUAUGUAGCUUCAUAUGCAUCGAUUUAGAGAUCUAGCUAUUUUCUAUAUAUUAUGCAUGUAAAAAAUAAUAUCGCAUUUCCACUAUUAUUCGAGCACCACAUCCUCCAAACGAUGCCGAUGCCGAUGCCGAUAUCGGCAUGGUCAGAACGGCUAUGCUCGCCGCCACUGCUAGGUCAACGUCGGGAUACACA